AUGUUGCUUCCAUCCGCUCUCCCCUGCGAUGUGCGCCGGUCGUCUCGCUUCACUCCCAGCCGUCUCUUCUCGACGCCUCCUCCCUCUGAUCGAGGAUACUCAUCUAGAAAUGGUCUUCUCGGCACAUGUCGCGCGCUGCAGUCUCUGCUGAAUGGAUCUCCCGCUCCAUCAUCACGUCGAUCCAAGCCCCAGCGCCUGCAAAGCCCUCUUCCAAUCAAUCCGCCGCGUCGCUCACCACGCACGCGCAGCAAAGUCGCACGACCUGCAUCACCCCGACCAACUCCACCACCAACUACUCUCGCUACUUCACCACCACCUGCUCCAUCUGCGCCCGCACGCGGCGCCAACAAGCGGCGCCGACCCGCUUUUGAGGACGAUGACAGCGACGCAGAUAUGCCCUGUAUGCGCAAUCGUCUCUCUACUCCUACUCCCAAACGCCAGCGCCAUGUCCCUUAUGACCUGCCGCUUGGCCUCUCUUCCACAGACUUCUAUUCCCUACAUUCGCCUCCUAUCACUCAAUCCCCUCCUUCUCCCGCUCAGCGUCGGAUCGAUGCGCGCAUUCAAUUAGAAGCGCCUAUUGAUCCCGACGCGCCUCUUCCUUCGAUCGAAGAAUCGGAGGAAUCCACCCCGGCCCCAUCCGACGAAUGGACGGCCGAGGAAGACCAACAUCUCAUGGACCUGGUCCUUGAGAAAUUUCGUCUCUCCCAACAAGAAUGGGAUGAGUGUGCGCGCCGAAUGGGCCGCCAAAACCACAGCGAUGUAGGCAGACGAUGGAACUCCCUCGUUGGUGAGGGUCGCAUUGGUCUACGUCCCGCUCGUCGAUGA